ACGGGACUCCCGCACGUCGACGGUCACAUUCGAAUUUGGCGGCGAUGGCGGAAAACGCGCAGGCGGCGCUCGAACGCGAGAUGGAGAUCAUCCAGCACAAGCUGAAUGGCACAUCCAUUCUCCAUGAUGGAGGCGACGACCAAGAGGCCGACGAAGAUCUUCUCGCGGACGUUGGGUUUAUGUAUGACGACUGUCUCGAAAAAGUCACGUGUGAGUUCACUUUCGGCGUCACGUCCGACAGCGACCCGACGCCACGCGUCAGCGUCUUCCUCAGCUACGUCCAAGACGACCCUGGAUUCGUUCAGUCGGGUCAUUAUGUGUGGCCUGCGGCUCCUGCAUUGUGCGAAUACAUGGAAGCGCACUUCAAGGAACUUCCUCGGGGAAAUGUCGUCGAACUCGGCGCUGGGUGCGGUCUUGCCGGUCUUGUGUUUGCGCAACUCGACCCAUCGUCGACGAUCAUCUUCACAGACCACGAUCCCGGCGUCCUCAAGACGAUCGAACACAACGUGACGAAACAGUCGCAUCGGCCUGUACAUGCUGCGUGCCACACGCAAAGCCUUCGGUGGGGCCCCCAAGGGGCGAACGAAAUUGACCGCAUUGCGGCGUUACAGGGUGGGCAAAAAGCAGACUUGAUUGUUGGAACAGAUGUGAUCUACGCGCGGGAGAUCGUGGCGCUGCUCUUCUGGACUGUGCAUCAGCUACUGAAAAAGUCUACGUCCGGCGAAGGCAACCACGAGGGACAGUUCCUCAUGUGUUCAAGCUUCUCGUACGACGAAGACACGGAGAACGAGAUUGAUGUCGCUUGCGCUAAGUAUGCGCUGGUCCGAACCAUCGUGACAGACACAUUGGAGAGCAAGGGGACGCGUAUUCAGCAGUUUGUGCGACGUCGCGAGUAAGCUAACGAUCCAUUUUUUAUUCUAUCGACCCAAACGCGUACAACUUGUGCGCUUGCAUGUACGCCAGGACUGGUGGGAGGACGAGCGAGGCGGCGGCAUCGCGCGACUGCCGCGCCUUUGUCGAUGACGAGUCGUCUAACGAUGGAAUGGAGGAAAUCGUGACGGACGGAUGGGCCGACGUGUCCAACUUCACACCUUCACGCGGAAGCACCACGAGUGGAACCAUAUCCAACAACGCCAAUCCGCCCUUCCACUUGCCUUGAAGAAGGUCCAUGUAGGUAUCUGCACCGAGGAGCCAUGAAAACUCCACGUCAGGAUGUUGGGUUUUCAAGUGCUCGACGAUGUCAACGGUGCCAAUUCGAAUGGAGCAUGGAUCCGUGCCAGCAGGGGCCGCCGCAAGUGCAUGCAUCCACACGUCCUUUUCAGCCUGGACGACCCGCACGCGGUCGCCGUGGGGAAUUGCUUGACGUGCCAGUUCCAACAUCGCCACGCGAUGCUCAAACGUUUCCAAGUGGCGCUUUGACGAAUAUAUGUGCUGAUACACAGGAAGCACCCACACUUCGUCAAACUCGCACGCAAAGUGCUCGACACAGCCCAUGUGGCCGCCCAUGCCGCACGGCGGAUUUGCCGACGUACCGAACACCACGACCCGCUUCAUCCUGC